AUGUUGACACGUCCAUUAUUAAGUCAAAUUAACAACAUUAAAGAAAAUAUAUUUGAGCAAAUAAUUGAAGUAAUAAACAAUACUAGCUAUGAACGUACAUUGUUGUGGUUUACUGAAGAUACACGUCGAAAAUUCACCGCCGCAGUCACCGAUUCAGAAAGAAGAGAUUUAUGGCGGUAUCUACGAAAACUAGACAAAAAAAUACCAGCACCACAAUUACUAUCUCCACGGACAACAUCACCACAAACCGCAAACGACUUUCUCAUAAUCGGAUGCUGUCUACAAAACGGGAUCGGAGCACCACGCGAUCAAAGUCUCGCAAUUCGUUAUUACGAAAAAGCAGCACACGCCGGAAACUCUUAUGCACAAUUUAUCAUCGGGCAUUUGCAUUCGUGGCGUUCACGUGACGAGUUCUUUUGCUCGUUUCAAAAAAAUGAUUGUGAAGCGUUCAAAUGGUACAAGUUGUCAGCUGAGUCUGGAAAUCGUGGUGCACAGUUUAUGUUGGCGGUACAUUAUGGAGCUGGGAUAGGUGUGAAAAAAGACAAGAGCAAGGCAUUCUAUUGGAUUAAUGCUGCUCUGAGAAAUGGACAUCCGAGGGCUAUGUCUGUGCUUGGAAAGUAUUAUGGUAAUGGAAUUGGUACGGAACGGGAUAUGCAUCAGGCGAUUCGAGUCUAUAUACAGUCGAUUCGCGAUGGUGAUUUUUUUAGUGCUUUGAAUUUGGAGGUUGCUUUUCGUAAAAACUAUAACUAG